GGACAGAUUCUAUGGUGGUACUGUCUUGGCUUACCACCCCACAUGAGACGUUUAAACAAUACGUUUCCAACCGAGUGCACCAGGUUCAAACGGCCUUGCCUGAUGGUCAGUGGCGUUAUGUCUCUUCAUCCGAUAACCCCGCCGACUGUGCGUCGCGUGGGCUCAUGCUGUCAGAGUUGGCUCGACAUGAGUUAUAUUGGUGCGGCCCACAUUUUAUUUAUGACGCACCGGAAAACUGGGGGAAUGACGUUGUUCGAAUAUCACAUUCAAAAUUUCCGGAAGUGCGUCCUGUUAGUCUUGCCGUACAACGCAACGACCCUCCUGUAGAGUGGUUUUCGCGGUUUUCGUCCUACGAUCGGAUGUUACGUGUAAUCGUUCAGAUGCGUCAUUUCACUCUAAAAUGUCGCCUCCGUCCUGUUGAACCGACCAGGUUGAUUACAUUAGAUGAAAUCGACGAUGCUUUACGCAUAGUCGUGUUGAGCUCACAGAAACUGUUGUUUUCCGAGUUACGUAUUGAACUCGAGCGAAAUUUGCGUGUGUCGUCUAAACCGUUAGCUCGCCUCUGUCCAUUCGUUGACGAUAAAAACGUAAUUCGUGUAGGGGGUCGGUUAAAACAUUCUGCGUUGCCUUUCACGGUUGAACACCCUAUUUUGGUGGCCAAAAGUUCUCAUUUAUCGGUGCUAGUGUGUCGCCGUUGGCACAGAAUUAGUUGUCAUUCCGGGCCCCGAGUUAUGUCCUCGCUUAUUGGCCGGCAGUUCUGGUUGAUGUCCCUUCGCUCGGUGAUACACUCAGUUAUAAGCCAAUGUACUAUUUGCAUGCGUUUUGAUGGUCGUAACCCACAGCCCUUGAUGGCGGACCUACCGUCGGCUCGUGUGUCGCAAUGUCGUCCCUUUACACGAGUUGGCAUUGAUUACGCUGGUCCAUUAGAAAUGCGCGAGUUGCGGUUGCGUAGGUCACGAGAGUUUAAGGUAUACGUAGCCGUUUUUAUAUGCAUGGCCGUAAAAGCAGUCCAUUUAGAGCUUGUCUCGGAACUUUUCACUGCAGCGUUUAUGGCCGCGUUUGAUCGGUUCAUUGCGAGGCGAGGUCACCCCAAUGACGUCUUUUCGGAUUGUGGCACAAAUUUUGUUGGCGCUGCCCGUGAGUUGCGUCAAUUAAUCAAUAGUCCCUCGUUGCAACAAACAAUUACCGCGAGUUCAACCGGUUGUGCGUGGCAUUUCAACCCACCCGUGGCGCCCCAUUUCGGAGGUCUGUGGGAAGCUGCAGUCCGGUCCGCGAAGCGGUUACUAUCACGUAUAAUAGGACCUCACACCUUCUUGUAUGAAGAGUUUUCAACGGUUUGUAUAGGAUUGAGGUGGUCCUGAAUUCUCGUCCCCUCACUCCGACUUCCUCGGACCCUCAUGAUCUGGAGUGCAUUACACCAGGUCAUUUUCGGAUCGGCCAGCCAUUGCUUGCUGUACCUCCGCGCUCGUCCGGUGACCUGGAGCGAUCUAUUGCCAACAGAUGGAAGCUACUUGAUCAAUGCCAUCAGGCCUUUUAGCAUAGGUGGACCACUGAAUAUUUACACACUCACCAGGAGCCCACAAAAUGGACGGACAACCGUCCCAAUGUUCGGGUUAAUGACAUGGUACUUUUGCGCGAUCCUUUAGUACCGCCGUUGGAGUGGCGAUUCGGCCGUGUGACCGAAGUAAUCCCGGGGCCUGACGGCAUCGUGCUCGUAAUCCAGAUCUUAACGUCUCGUGGCCUAGUGACACGUCCGGUAAUCAAGGUGAUUGUGUUACCCACCCAACAAAUCUGACGUACUGCAACUGAGAUGAUCCCACCUUCCCCUAUUACCAUUGUUCUUUGGUAACUAUAAUGUAAAUUGUAUAAAAUAACAUGUAUUUUUUUUUAUUUUUCUUAUGUUUAAUAUUAUUAAUUUCCAUUUGAUAACGGUUCGGACCGUGUCAUUUGUUGGUUGUUAUUUUUUUUUUUUGUGUAAUACCGAUACUGACAACCACCCCUUCACCGACCAUGGAAGGCUGGACCACUACUCUUCAAUGGGGGGGGGGUAUGUUCGAGCUGGUUGUCUAAAUAUAAUAUUGUCGACCUUAUCUGCGGUUUUCCCCGCGAUAACCGCGACCGACAGCGAGCCCCGACGUCGUCACCGUCCGUAUUCUUUUACGGACCCCCGCAGUCGUCGUCGUAUGUUCACCUCCGAUGCCGGCAUAUCGCCGAUCUAUCGUAACGUGUGUCCUGUUUUUACUUUGUUUCGUUCACGCUUGUGCGCCUUUGUUGAUUCAUGCCAUUUUCUACCUUCCGCGUGAUUUUGCGGUGUCAUCGUGUGCGUUACCACCGGUCGCCCGUUUCCUUUCGUCGUCGUGCGUGUUUGCCGCCGGUCGCCAUUGCGCCGUUGUGCGUUGUACCGCCGAGCGUGUUUUACACCGUCGUCAUUGCAUCGCCGUUCGUACGAUACAUCGUUGUUCGUGGAGUGCCUGCCCGCUCUCGGCAGCAGGAAAUUGGCUGCACUGUCGUCGAUGGGAUUGAGUACACUACCGUGAAUGGCUGUAUUACAUUUUAUAUCUAUGUAUUUAUGUUUAUAUUAUUAUUAUUCCGGGCGCCCGAUCUUAUGUCCAAUGUGUUGAAUUAUGAUGAAUUAUUAUAUAAUUACUUUGGAUUAAAACCAACCUUGUUAUAAUCAUUUAAUAGUUUUUAAGUGUGAGGUGACCAGUCAAGUGUUCUACCCGAUCGAACAAGAUAUU